CCAAAACCUCACCUUACCUGAAAAUUACUCAAAUUAAGCAAUACAACUUGCAUAGUGGUUAGCAAUCAGCCAUGGGAUCAAAUCCAUGAAAGAGAGCCCGCAUUUGCCCUCACUCUCUCUUCCUCUGUGUUUUGUUUGUUUCCGCACUUCCGCUUCCUGGAUGACGCAGUGAUGCCCUAGAUCUCAAACUCAUACGAAGUACUCCGUAUCAACUUCUUCAUUUAUCCAUCCAUAGAAUAUAGAGUAUACGAAUAAUUUCACAGAUAUAUAAUAUAAUAAGCACCUUCCAUACCUGCAUACUCGCUGAGAUUCGGAUCUAUCAGGUCGAGGAUUUCAAGCCCCCAGUUCGUUCUAAGAUCUUUUUCCUCAUGCUUAUUCAGCUCUAGCAUACUUCAACAAAUUUAUUGUACCUGCAUGUGAUUGAAUUUGCAAAAACCAGUUCCGCGCUUCUGGUUGCUAGAGUUUCAGAGGGGCAUUGAUUCUUGACUGGGAGUGCGUUGCUAAUGCAUUUUCAUUAAAUGAAACCAAAUCAGGCCUGGCGUAUAGGCAUGAAGGAUAUGCAGAUAUUGCCUGCACCUCGCCAGCGAGCUCACUUAAGAAAACCGACAUGGAUCAUCAUUUUGGUUUCAUUGGUUAGCUUGUUCUUGAUCUGUGCUUAUAUAUACCCUCCUAGAAAUUCUGCUGCUUGUUAUGUAUUCUCAACUCAUGGUUGCAAUUCCGAUUGGAUUCCUCCUACUCCUGCCAGAGAAUUAACAGAUAAAGAGAUAUCAUCUCGUGUUGUCAUUAGUGAUAUUCUGAAUACACCUUUGGUUAUAUCAAAUAACCCAAAGAUUGCAUUCCUAUUUUUAACCCCAGGUGCGUUACCAUUUGAGAAGCUCUGGGAUAAAUUCUUUCAGGGUCAUGAAGGAAAAUUCUCUAUUUAUGUUCAUGCUUCCAAGGAUAGGCCCGUGCAUUUUAGCCGUUAUUUUUAUAAUCGGGAGAUCCGUAGUGAAAAGGUAGUUUGGGGGAAAAUUUCAAUGGUUGAUGCAGAGAGACGACUUUUGGCUAAUGCUCUAAAAGAUCCGGACAAUCAGCAAUUUGUACUUCUCUCUGAUAGUUGUAUACCCUUGCGAAAUUUUGACUAUGUGUACAACUAUUUGAUGUACACAAAUGUCAGUUUCAUAGACUGCUUUGAGGAUCCUGGCCCACAUGGAACUGGUCGGUAUUCAGAGCAUAUGCUACCUGAAGUUGAAAAGAAAGACUUUCGAAAGGGUGCACAGUGGUUUACAAUGAAGCGACAGCAUGCUGUUAUAGUUGUGGCUGAUAGUCUUUAUUAUACAAAGUUCCACGAUUACUGCAAGCCAAACAUGGAAGGAGGACGUAACUGCUAUUCUGAUGAACACUAUUUACCAACCUUUUUCUAUUUCAGAUGCUUGAUCCCUCUGGAAUUGCAAAUUGGUCAGUUACACAUGUUGAUUGGUCCGAGAGAAAGUGGCACCCCAAAUCUUACACUGCCCGUGAUAUCACCUACGAGCUCAUGAAAAACAUUACAUCUAUUACUGAGAGUGUGCAUGUUACAAGUGAUUCAAGGAGGGAAGUUCAAACUAUGCCCUGUUUUUGGAAUGGAAAUCAACGACCGUGUUACCUCUUUGGGAGGAAAUUCCUACCAGAAGCUCUUGAUAACUUGAUGCUCAUUUUCCCCAAUUAUACAUCGAUUUGAAUGUGGAUUGGUGUUUCUUAAACUAAUUCUUUGGUCGAUCCAAUUCGACCCCUUAUGCACUUCUCAUGUACCACCACCAUUGUAAAGUGCCAAACGGUUAUGGAAAGCUUGAGUGCUCAAAACCUAGCAAUGGCUACUUGUGAAGGACUCCGAAUAAAUGAUUCAAGGUCCAGGAAAGUAAAUAGCUGCUAAUAGUCCUUUGUUUUGGGUUUGGGGGUGGGGGGGCAUUGGCAUUUUGUGUUAUUUUUACCAUUGAAACUCUGUUAUUUAUGUCAUUCAUCUUUUGAACGAAAAAUUUGAGAGCUCAACUCCAUCGGUGUGUGAUAGGAGAUGCAAAUUUGUGAAGUUGUGAAUACUGCCCCCGGCAACGACAUUGCAAUCUUUCUAUAUAUUUUUUGCUCAUUUGAAUGAUUUGUAGAAUCAUAUAUAUAUAUAUAAUGUUGUGAGUAAAGAAACAUAACUGCAAACU